UGGAUGACCUAUUGAGCACUGUUCAAAUGUUUUGCUUUUUUUUGCUUUCAGAGAACAGGUGAGAACUUUUAAUUCCUCUUUUAGUUUACCUCAAGGUAAACUCUCUUUAGUUUAGCUCACAGUAUCACAAUUUGGUUUGUCAAAGUGCAUUGCCUUUUUAAUCCUUGCAUUGCAUUUUAAUCACCUCCAAAAUCUUAAUUAAUAAGUAACUUGUAUAGAAAUUACUUACCUACAGGUUGUUUUAAUCUUUUCUUUGACUCUGAAAAGGGUAAUUUUAUAAGGGAUAUUCAGGGAGAAGCAUCCUUUUGUAAAACUAUAGCAUGGAAGCAAAAAUCUCUGCUGCUGUGCUUUUUUCCACUGUAUUAGCUCAUUGUCAGGGCACUUGAAAAUUAAGAUCCUUUACCUCAGCCAUGGUUAGCACAAAUUAAUCAAUAAAUAGAUUUCUCUUUCAGCUCUUCUGUUGUGAAAUGAUGGUUGUGUUGUGUUUGUGGGUAUUCUGAAAUCUCUAGACUUUCUUCUCCCCUUUUUCAAAUAAGUUUCUUGGUAUGAACCCCUACAUUUGCUAUAAAAAUCUGUUGCAAAAUACAGACUCAGAAGUGUGAGGCUUCCAUAAAGCAAAUUGUUCACAACAUUGUUAGAAUGGAUCUCACAGAUGUGUACUGUGCAGUAAAAUCAAAGUUGCCAGCUGGUAGGUAAUGAUGUGUCUGUAUCUGGCAUGCUGAUUUAAGAACAGUUAUGCAAAUUGGUCAUUAAUCUCAGAAAAAGAAAUUCAGAUAUGAAACUGAAAUAUUGGUGGAUACAAUUUUGUGCUACUUCAGGAAAAAGUAUUUGAGCUGUAGAGCUUUUAAAAUAAAUAUUUGAUAAAAAAAGGAUUAAAGAGGCAUUGGUCUUUCAAGAGGAAAUUAUAGUGAUAGAAGGGAACAGACAGCAUAGAGAAAAAUAAGUAAACAGCACAUGAUAUAUUAUUGUAAAGAUAAAUAUAGAUACUGAAGCAUAAUUUCUUUUUAAUCCCAGCAUAUAGUUAUAAGAUUUUUUAGAAGCUUUUACAGUAAUACUGGGCAUUUUCUCUUGAGGUAACACAUUUUGUUAGAAAUGUAUAUAACAUUAGAACGGACUGUCCAGGGGAGCCUGUGGUUAUUUCCAUCCUUGCAGGUUUCAGAAAAACUCAGCUAGACAAAGCCACAGCUUUGGUCUAAUCUAGUAUUGGUGUUGGUGCCAUGUGCAGCAGGAGAUUGGACUAGGUGACCUCUAAAGCUCCUUUUUGGCCCACAUGCUUGAGGUAGUUUUGCAUGAACUAUUCCUAUCUCCCCGUACAACAAAGACUACUUUCACUGAAAGGCUGUUUUGUUGAAUAUCAGUCUUGGGGACUUUAAAUUUAAAAAAAGCACCAUUUUAGACCCCAUUCCCCAAAGCUCAUUCUCCUCCCUCAUUUGGUAUCUGGUAGUUGCUUUGGAUUGUUAAUAAAUAAAAGGAAAAUUACCACAAAACAGACUGCGAAAGAUUGCCAUGGCAAAAAUGUAGUUGAGAAGGCAUUUGCAUAUUUAGGCUAGAAUUUUUCAACUACUUAAAUCCUACACUAUGUCAAAGUGAUGCAGUUUUGCAUUCCCUAUUCUCUUACAGUUACAAAAUCAUCUUUAAUAACAGGAAUAAUAUAUGGCCAGAGAAAGUAGAGGCAAUGACUUCACAAGCCAGUCAAGCCAGAGUUGUGUGUCUCCUGCAAUACACUGCUGCUUCUGCUGGUCUGCAGUGAUUCUUUUCGAGAGGCAGUCGCAUGUAUCAGGGAGUUCACUUGCUGUUUAAGAAAAAGGAGUCCAAGGAUGGCUGGCUGUGGUGAAGUAGAUCAUUCAAUCAACAUGCUUCCCACAAAUAGGAAGACAAAUGAGUCGUGUACCAAUGCAGCACCUUCCCUGCAAGUCCCUGAAUGUGCUAUCUGUCUGCAAACAUGUGUCCAUCCAGUAAGUCUGCCCUGUAAACAUGUUUUCUGCUAUCUGUGUGUUAAGGGAGCUUCCUGGCUUGGGAAACGAUGUGCACUGUGCCGGCAGGAGAUUCCUGAGGAUUUUCUUGACAAGCCAACCUUACUGUCACCUGAAGAACUCAAAGCAGCAAGCAGGGGCAAUGGAGAAUAUGCCUGGUACUAUGAAGGUAGAAAUGGCUGGUGGCAGUAUGAUGAACGUACCAGCAGAGAGCUGGAAGAUGCCUUUUCCAAGGGUAAAAAGAGCACCGAAAUGCUAAUUGCUGGUUUUUUAUACGUAGCAGACCUUGAAAACAUGGUUCAGUAUAGGAGAAAUGAGCAUGGACGUCGCAGAAAAAUAAAACGGGACAUAAUAGAUAUACCAAAGAAGGGAGUGGCUGGGCUGAGGCUGGACUGUGACACCAACACUGUCAACCUGACACGAGAAAGCUCUGCUGAUGGUGCAGACAGCACACUGACUCCAGGGGCUGCAGCUGUGCAGCCUCUAGCACCCAUUUCUGUGAGGCCCCUACCAGCACUAGAUGGUCAGCUCGUGAGCCCUGCAACGCCGUCACCUGAUGCCAGCAAUUCUCUAGAAGACUCUUUUGCCCACUUGCAAAUAAAUGGAGACAGUAUGGCUGAAAGGAGUCACAGGGGAGAGGGAGAAGAAGACCACGAAUCACCGUCUUCUGGUAGGGUGCCAGCCCCCGACACCUCUGUUGAGGAGACCGAAUCGGAUGCCAGCAGUGACAGUGAGGAUGUGUCUGCCCACCUUCAGCAACGCCCGUCCUCUGGUCAGCAGAGACACUUGAAUGCUGGUGCAAGCCAGGCAGAAGCAGAUAGACCAGGGGCAGGGGGCAGGGUGGCAAACACAAGUGUAAGAUCUAGAAGGCCGGAUGGACAGUGCACAGUCACUGAAGUUUAAAUCUAGAGCCAUGCAAAAAAAAUACUCAGUUGUAAUUUUCUGUAAAUUUUCUGUCCGCAUUGGCAUUGCACUCAAACCUAGCAGCGUGUUUGGUGGGAGGGUGGGGUGAAGGGGAGAAAACAGAUUUGGCCUGUUUUAACUUAAGUCUCUUAACAUGUCUCAGCUGGAAGACUCUAACUCUAAGAAACUGGGUUGUCCUGUUAAUGGUUUGAAAGCUGUUUAGCAAUGCCCAGUUUUCUUGAAAAUGUCUUGUGUUUAUUUUGUAGCAUUUUCCCCUUGAAGAUACUCUAUCCCUUUUUGGCCAAUGUAUAUCUACUGUACAACUUGAAUUGUCUUCAUUAUCUGACUGUUGCAUUAAGUGUCUUACUACUUUCUGCAUGGAUUGAUGUAUGAAAAGAACACUAAAGCUAUGUGGAAUCAGGCAAGGUGUUGGGUGUGAGCAGGAUGCUUAAUUUAAUGUGAGAAAAUAGAUGUGAGUUUGGAGUUAAAAUGUGUUUUACUAGACAAGAGCAAUCAUUUACCUUCUUUCAAUGGAAAUGUAAAAAUGCUGUUAACUUGUGUUGCAAAUCCUUACCUUUACACUCUCCAUGGCUUUUUCACUGGCUUUGCCAUCUAGUCCUUGUAGUUUUGUUUUUUGAGAUCUUUCUUGAUCUGUCUUGUUUUUGUUACAGAAUUUAUAAUUUAAUAAAACUACAUUUUAUCAGUAACAAUCUCA